AUGAAACUCAUCAUAGCAGGCGCCACCGGCUUCGUAGCCACAGAAGUCGUCCGCCAAAGUCUAUGUGACCCUCGCAUCACAAGCGUAGUCGCACUAUCACGAAAGCCCAUGGCACCGCCUAAAGACCUCGGCCCAGAGGGAGACGUGUCUAAAUUCCACAACGUGAUUAUUGACGACUACGAGACGUACUCCGACGAAGCCAAAGCAGCAUUCGCGGGCGCUGACGCCUGCAUAUGGACCGUAAGUAUCAACCCCAACAAAGUCGGCCGCACUCCAAUGUCCGAAGUCACGCGCGUGUGCCACACCUGCGCAGUCGCCGGUCUCGAAGCCAUGUAUGCCGCCCCGCGCAGCAGCCCCGGGAACACAUUCCGCUUCACGUACAUGUCCGGCGUAGCGUCCGAGCGCGACGAGAAGAAGACGCCGAAGGCGCCUUGGUGGAUGCGCGAGUAUUGUCAUAUGAGGGGACAAGCGGAAAAUUCGGUACUUCAAUUCGCCCGCACGCAUGAGAAUGUGGAUGUGCAGAUUCCGAAACCAGGCGCGAUUUCGACGCAGAGUCAGAGUUAUUUGAAGACGGCGGGGUUUUGGCUUAUGGGGCUGGUGAUUGGGCUGCCGCAGGUUAGGGUGGAGGAUUGUGCAGCGGCGAUUUUGGAGGAGGUGGUAGGCGGGUAUGGGAAGGAUACGUUGGAGAAUGAGGAUUUGGUGAGGAUUGGGGGGUUGAGGGAGAAGGGGAAGGAGGGGAAGGAGGGGAGGGAGGGAAAAGGGCAGAAGGAAAAGGAUGGAAAGGCGUGA